AUGACUUCUUUGCCCUCUCUCCCAGUGAAGCACAAUGACUUCGUGAAGUAUGUCAACUCCAACCCGGAGAAGCCCAUGGCCGACUUGGUUCAGCCAUACAACGAGUAUGAUGCCAUUUUGCGCAAGAGAUUUGCCCAGGAGCCAUCUCAUCCAUCAAUCCAAGAUAACUAUGUCAAUAUUGUUCCUCUGUACGACCACACCGGUUCCACAGAUCUUUCCAUUCGAGCCCGAGAUCUUGCUUCGGAAACACCAGAACAAACGGGGAAGUAUCUUUUACCCCUGAGUGAAAAAGAACGGAAACCACAUGGUUCUGCAGCAAUAGUGCCCUCUUUGAAUGAGUUUCAGAACAACUUCACACUCUUCACAGAGGGCUCUUUAAGUGACAUUGACUGGUCCAACGUUGUCGUUGCUGGUAGCGCGGUUGUGACCUCGCUUUUGCCUGUGCCAGAAAAAUAUCGCAACUCAAAGCGUGGACUUCGCAAGUACUACCAUGAAGAGUUUGCUCCAGCUUCAGAUGUGGAUCUCUUCUUGUAUGGCCUGAAUGAGGAGCAAGCUCUCGAGAAGAUCAUGCACAUCGAGGAUAAGAUCAAGAACACUAUCCUCUAUGAGACCACGACUAUUAGGACCAAGAAUACAAUUACCAUUGUUUCUCAAUAUCCGAACCGCCAUGUGCAAAUCGUGCUUCGCAUCUACCACUCAGUCGCUGAAAUUCUCACCGGCUUUGACGUGGAUGCUUCGUGCGCGGCUUAUGACGGUAGCCAGGUCUAUGCUUCCCCGCGUGCAAUUGCCGCCUGCAUCACACAGGCAAAUCAGGUCGACCUAACUCGACGAUCCCCUUCAUAUGAGAAUCGUCUGUCUAAGUAUUCGCACCGAGGAUUCGAGGUUUUCUGGCCUGCUCUUGACAGAUCUAAGAUUGACCCAACUAUCUUUGAGCGAAGCUUUACCAGAACUGAAGGUCUGGCACGACUUCUCGUGUUGGAAAAACUUCCUCGAUCUCAAGAUCGGGACAACUAUCUCCAAAAGCGGCGCGAGGAACGAGGCCGUCCUCCUCUGAAUUUGUACUUGCGACGUCGUCACGGCAAAAUGCUGCAUGGUAACAUCAAGGACGACUGGGAAGAUGAAGUCCCUGAAUGGCAAGAGCAAGACCAGGUGUCUGACUACCACACCUUUACUAUCCCUUACGGUCGGAGAUUUAACGCGAAAAGUAUUGAAAAGUUACUUUACACCAAGGAUUUGUUGCUGAAUGCCCAAUGGAAUCAGCCCAAAGAGCGUACAGUUUAUCUCCAUCGUCAUCCAGCGUUCUUCGGCGAGGCGGAACACGUUAUUGGAGACUGCUGUGGAUUUUGUCCCAAGCCUGUUACCGAGGAAGAGGUCAAGAUUGCCGAAGAGGAGGCCAAGAUUUAUAUCUCUGGUCAUAUUUCUUUCAUCAAAGAUGAUCCCGGUCGCCAGGAAAUUGGAAGUUUUAAUCCAAUCACCGAGACUGAUUGGACUGAAAUGGCCUAUGUCGGCCGUACGGAGAGACUUUGCCAGGCGAUAGUGGCAAACGAUGUUGACUCCGUGAAAGCUUUCCUUGCAGAUGAAGGUACCAACCCGAACCGUCGUGAUUACACUGGACGGACACCACUUCAACUCGCUUGCAUGUGCUCGACCCCUGAAGUUGUCCAAUGCCUGAUUGACGGCGGCGCUCGCAUGAUUCCCCGUAUGGCUGAUGGGAAGACCGCGCUCCAUCUUGCUGCCUCCCGGGGACACGUCGAUAUCAUUCGAAUUCUACUUACAAAGAGCAACGAGAAUGAGGAAGAGGAAACCAAGAAGCAGGAUUCUCUGAAAAAGAACAAGUCAGAGACCAAGUCCAACACAAACGACGAUGAAGAUAUUGAGAUGAUUGACCAAGCUGAUGCCAUGUCUCACACCUCUGCCUCUUACGUUAAGGUCGAAGCUGACGAGAAGGAGGAUUUGAAUAAGUACGACACGCUCGAGGAAAAUGACCUCGAGCCGGAUGUAUUCGACGUCAAUGUCGUUGCAUGGGAUAGCAGGACUGCUCCUUUACAUCUCGCUAUUCUCCAUGGCCACACUGAGGCCGUCAAAGAGCUUGUCACGUCCUUCGGUGCUGACAUCUUGAUGCCAAUCAAAAUUAUAAAUGAGCACUACAAAACGCCCGAGGCAGCGAUUCUCAACCUAGUUCUCAUCCAUGCACUCCCAUUCGAAAAAGCAAAGGAGAUGUCGCAGACCCUUCUUGAUCUUGGCGCUUCACCAGCCCAGGCAGACCUCAAGCAGAAGACACCGCUAUACUACCUUGCUCAUUCCAACAAGCUUGACAUUCUUGACAUUUACAUGCAGCAUGAUGAGCCGGCCGUAAAGCGGGCAAUCAAUCACUUGGCAGUUGAGGGCUCGUCCUGGAGACCAGACUUUUCCUCGGUCUUGAUGGCUGCAAUAACUGCGAAGAACGCGCCCGCGGCAGUUAAGCUGUUGGAUACAGGUUCCCACCACGAGAUUGACCUUGGUGAGAUUGUGAAGGCUAUCAUGACAUCUAGAGGAACCCAGACCUACCACAACAACGAUAGCAUUGAGGAAGACGCAAAGUCCAGUGUGAAGCAGCCAAUCUUGCUGGCUAUUGAAAACGAGCUUCCUUUACUCGCCAUUGAUCUAAUUAAUCGCGGGGUGGAUCCUAACAGCCCUAAUAACCGAAUCAAGGAGAGAUAUCAAAACAAGGGGAAAACGGUAUUGGACGUCUUGCGCGAAACUUUGCAACGGCUCCGUGAAUUCUUGGUCGAACGCAAGUACCAAUCCUACCAUCGUAACAUUGCCAUUCCACUGGAUUCAAAUGAUGAGACAUACUUGUCUGAAUUCCAAUCUGGUAGUUACAGAAAGUUCACUGCAGAGAAUCUGCUCCGCAGUGUACGCAGGAUGAACCGAGUGGCUGAAAAACAAGCCAGAGAAGAUGAAGAUAAGGCGGCUGAUCCUGGCUUGGUCGAGAAGAAGGCCUUCAUUGCCGAGUUGGUUCGCGACUACGAGAAGCUGGAGUUUAUCCUGCUGCAAAAAGGUGCAAUGACAUGGGACGAGCUUUAUCCUGUGCAGAAUGUUCCAGUGCCAUUCCCAGUGCACGCUUCGACCUGGAACCCACUGCAUCGUACUGAGCCUUGGAAAGUCGAGUUCAAGUUCAAUGUCCCAGCUAUUACUGAUAAUGCUCGCGACGGAUACCUAAAACUUUUCGAAGCAUCCUGGAAUGGCAAUAUUGAUACCAUCAAGACCUUGACACUAGGCAUGUGGGGAUCUUUUAAUGACCAACCACCACUUGAGAUCGCCGUGACCGACAAGCAUGGCCUGUCCGCUCUUUCAAUUUGCAUUAUGCGCGGCCAUUUAGCUGUUGCUAAGGCCGUUCUUCAAAUUCUGCGCGUGCAGCACAAAGUGAAAGAGCUCCAGGGUCAGAAGCGCUUUGAGAUUGAUAUUGAUGAAUCUGACGACUCUGACGACUGCGGUGGCUGUGGUCGUGGUGACUCUGAUGAUUCUGAUGGAGAGAACGAAGGUCUUAACAUUGUCAGUACAAUAGUCGAUGACACCUUCACCUACGAAAAUAUCGGUGAAGUUUCUAGCCAGGUCGAGAGCAAAGUUUCCCCUCUUGGUGCCUUCGUGGCAUCGUUCAAUGCCUCCAUGUUUUUGGAGGAAUACAAAGACGAGGAAGUUUGGUUUAACAGGGGAAAUCCUAUCCAUCUUGAUGGCUUCUUCAAAUACGCUAUUUACACAAACAACAUUCCUCUUUUGGAAUUCCUUCUGAAGACUGGACUGGAUCUUGCUUCCGCCAACCCAUCCGGAAAGGAGCCGUUCACUGUGAAGUUCGAUGACUUCCAGAUUGCAAUUUCACUUGGGCGUACUGAUUGUCUCGCCAAAAUGAUUCAGAGUACUGGAGCUGGCCUUCCUCUCGCAAAAUUGAGUGAUGACUGCGGCCUUGAAGAAAGAAAAGAGCCUCAGUACUACCCUGGGCUGUCCAUUCGUGGCGCAAAGCGUGCCGAUUGGGCUAAUGCUGGUCGAGAGCAGCCAAUGAAAGCGCAGACACAGCGUCCACCUCUUCUUAUUGCGGCUCGUCGGGGUAACCUGGCCGCCACGGAGUUCUUCCUUGGUACCGCGGCUGCUCGCUAUUACUUGGAGUAUCUGAAUGCGAAUAAGGGUGAUGAGAGAGUGAAACGAUUGGCCAAGUCCAAGCUAGGACUCGAGGGCACACUCUUAAUGUGGUUACACGCGAGAAACAACCUCGUUCUCCACUGCGCAAUCAUGGCUGAGCCAAAUGAUGAAUCCGUUCGUCUGGUUCAGUAUCUUGUGGACCAUCACCCUGAAUGCUUGGAGGUCCGAUCGACCGAAGGACUGACGCCUCUUGCUUGGGCCAUGUCCCUCCACAAGGUCCGCUUCGCUCGCAUCUUGGUAGCAGCCGGAGCAAACCAGACUGUCCGUAACAAAGCUGCGCACAACCUCCUCCACUUGAUCCUUGUAUCGGACAGUGGUCGGGUCUGCAAGAACUCCCACCGAUUCACCAAACUCAUAGAGCUGCUAGAUAAGGAGCUCCUCCCAACAAUGCUCAUGCAACGCGGCGGCGAAGGCUCAAGAACGCCUUUUGCACAAUGGCUUAAUGCUUACCACAGCUUCACGCCAGUGGAUCCGGUCAUCCCCCGGCCUCCUAACAGUAGCCAAACUGACGAUGAAAUAAUAACCGCCAUGACGAAGCUCGUUUUGGACCUGGGCAACUCCACGGACCAAAAGCAUCUCGAGGUCUUUGGCGAAGCUGGAAACACACCGCUGCACGAUGCUAUCAAGAAGGGUUUCCCACAAGUCCUCGGACUACUCCUCGAUCGUCGCCCUGACAUGCUCAACCGGGAGAAUGCCACUGGUACGACUCCUCUCGAAAUGGCAGUUGAUGCUUGGGUCAACAAGAGUACCUCUGGGCCGCCUUCCAGCCCUUCGCAAUCAUUGAAUAGCCACCCUGAGUGGCAGAGCGCUAUCAAGCGCGAGCCCCGAUUCUUCCUUCCCGGUGCUAGAAUGCACUACUCGAAAGACAAGGUUAUGCUUCGUGUUUGCCAGAAAUAUUCUCAGCAACGGCCUACAAAGCGAAGACUUGUCAGUCUGUUUGAGGCGAAUGAAGUCGCUAAGAGGUUGACGGUGGCGGGACGGAAUACUGGUCGGCAUGUUGGCUCUGAAGAUAAUACGGAGCCUACGGUUAAAGAUGAUUAUGAAGCGUGGGGAAGCAUGGCUGCUCAUUGGUAG